CGCUAACGUCCUCGGUAUGCCCACACUGUUGCAUUGGCAAUCCUCGACUGUGUCACUGUGAUCUCGUUGAUAGUCUUAGAUAUUUAGUAUUUUUCGAACGCAACUGUGAAGAAAUAAUAUAAUAACCUUUUUAAAAAUAAUGGCUGAUGCUGUAGAUCCUGCGGUAAUUAAACUGACUCAAGACCAAUUAGGAAAAUAUGUAACCAAUCCGUCCCUAACGGCCAAGUUAUUAAAUAAACCUCCUUUUAAAUUCCUUCACGAUGUAAUAAAUUCUGUGAUCACCAACACUGGUUUUCUCCAAGGACUUUAUACAGAUGCUGAGUUAAAUAAAGACAACAUCAAAGACAAAGAUGCCAAGAUCUCCUUCCUUGAAAAAUGUAUAGAUGCAACAAUAUUUGCCACAGGUGAAAAUCUUACUGUGCGACCAAGCAAAAUUGUCUCCGGUCAUGAGGCAGAUAAAACAAAUGAAUUCCUGCAAGCCCUGGCCCAAGCCAUUGACAACAAGGCUGAUUCUGAUGAAGCAGUAAAGAGAGUUCUUGCUGGUGAAAAACCAUCUAAGGGCAAGACAAAAGAGAAGCCAAGCAGAUCAACUGAGAAGUCCAAGGAUGACGAUGUUGCUGGCUCCGUAAAAAAGACCAAGGCCUUGGAUGACGAACCUGGAAUUAUUGUAGAGGAUACCAGGACAGACAACAUUGCUGAUGGAGCAUCUGAUGCUGACGCCUCCAGCGUCGACACUGAAGUAUUUGCUGCAGGAGAGCAGUCUUUACAUGAUAACAAUCAUGAAGAGAGUAUUGCAUCAUCGAUGAAGAAUUCUAAUAAAAUACCUAGGGCUGACAGUCGGAGACCAUCAGUGAAGAAUCCGCUGAUUAAGACAACAACAAAUAACAGAAAUUUAGGUUCACAAAAUAAUAAAAUUGCAUCCUUGAAAUCUAAGGAAGCAACAAUUACAAGUGGCCAAACCAUAGGCAAGGAGAGGCCGUCUGGCAGAGGACCAGCUCUCGGCAAAGGAGGCCCUAAGGAGCCCCUCAGUAAGCCCUCCUCCCGCAGCUCUCCAGCUGAUGGCAGCCUGACGCGGGGCAGAGUUGUGCGCACAUCUUCCUUAGCGCGCCCUGCUGACACUCAGAGCCGCGCUAAGGAUGACAAGGCAAGCAAGGGUCGCGUCAAGCCCGGCGACACCUCCAAGGAUGACAAGCGAAGGCCGGCGCGUGACAAGAAGCCUGCGGCUGACCGCGGCGCUCGACGGCGGGACAGCCUUGUCAAUCCUGGCAAAGCUGACAAGCCUGGCCGGUCUGACAAACCUUCACGCUCCGGCAAGGAGAACGCGCCGCCCCCCGCGGCAGCAGCGGCCGCCCCGGCUGAAGCGGACGCCGCUGACGACGGAGAUAAGGCUCCUGAAGAAGCUGUUGAGGAAGCCAUGCCCGAGGAAGCCAUGCCAGAAGUCUUGCCCGACGAGUUGCCUGACGACUCAAAUACAUCUGGUGGCGAUGAAGCGGCAGCUGACGUUGACAACAAUGCGGGCCUAUUGGAUGACGAUGUUGAUCUUGAUGACAUCCAACCGCCGCCUGACCUUCUGGAUGGCGAUGAGGCGCCUGGGGGCGGUGAAGACCUGGGCAUAGGCUCAGGAGGCCCAGCGUCGCCCGUGGGGGGCGAGGCCCCCGUGGACCCAGCCAUCCUGAAGGCCAUGGCCCCGCGGGACCAGCUGGAGGUGCUGGGUGACCUGGGGGAUCACCCUGACUCUGGUGUUGGCUCCAUCGACUCCCCCAAGUCCCCCUCAUCUCCCCCUGCUGUGGAGUCCCCCCCUACCCCCCCUCGUGUGGUCCCCGCACCACGACGUGGUCCUAUGAGGGCCACACAUCCCGACGACGAUGAGGCCAGCGUCCCUAUGGAGGCCGUGGCCUCAGCGCCUCUCCCCGGGUCUUCCCGGCCUCCCUCCAGCCAGGGCUAUGUCAGGUGUGGUCCUUAG